CGAAACGCUAUGUGUUUGGUAAAACGACGAGGGUUUGCUCACCACCUGUCGAAGCUCACGCACAAUUUUCUUGCGUGAUCAGAAAAUGCACCCAGACGCCCUUUCUGCUGGGCAAGAAGGUGGGCGCGCGUGUUUGGUCGAUGACACGCAGUCGCGCUGGGUUUGAUGUGGUUUUCCCUUCGCGGCUUCCUGCCGUCAGUCAGCACGGAGGAUUCGCGCCAGGAACAGUGUUGUGUGUCCAGAGAAAGAGAAGAAUAAUUGGUGGAAAAUCCAUCAAAAAGGGUUCUUUUCGAUAAUCCACGAGAUCAUCGACUUUGCACACAAAUUUCCACCCCAUUUCUCCAGACAAGACGAUGGAAUUGAGUCUCCAUGGAUCACAAAUCAACCUAGCAACGCGCCAAAAGCCACCCACACCCACCGUCAACUAUCCGCGGCCGAGUUCUGCGCACUCCGCCACUCACCAGGCCGGGCCACGUGCCGGGAGUCGCCCUCAGUCAGCUGACGCCACGCGCUUCCUCGCCAAGUUUAGAAAUCGCAUAAGAGUCGCCACAGCGGAUGGUUUCGCCGAGCCCAAGGACUCCCUGAAGGGCCAGAAGCGACCCUCAUCCUCGAAUAUCCUGAAGCUCCUGCUCAGGGAACCAAUUACGCGCUCCUGGAGUGUCACUGACGAGCCAAAACCCAGUCAAGAAGUCCCUGAAUCUGUCCACACAACUGGGAAGCCCAUGGGAAGCGAUGGAGUGACCGAUGAGGAGAGCAGCAUUGAAGAGGAGAUUGAAAAAGUGGAACAACAGUCCGCGGAAAGGGAAGAGAAAACCAUAAUCCCACCGACUACACUAGAUCUUAAGCAAAAAGCCUGGCCAGAAAUCCCUGAAAUUCCCCCAACGAGAGUAGAUCUCCCGGGAAGGGUGUCUUUCAGUACAGCUGACGUUCAGGAAGAGGACGUCAGCGAGACUGAAGAGAGUGAAACGGCCAGAGAGGCGAAGAAAGGGUCCAAGAAGGUUGUCCACUUCGACGAUGAGGCUCUGACUGAGAAGAAAGAGAUAGAAAUGGAUGUGGAAUCAACUUCUGACCAGAUUAUUGAGGAUUACAGGAAGGAGAUUGAGAGUAUUAAUCGAAGGCAUGAGUUUGAGAGAAAACUCGCAGAGGAAGUUCCGGAUUUCUUCAUGCUGGACAAAGAAACACCUCCAGAGGGCCUGGAAGUCACUCCUCGAGAUGUGGUGGGAGCCACAUCAGUCAUGGAAAAGUACUUUGAGGUGAUGAAAACACCAGAAAUUCCUGGAGCAUCUUUGCAAGCGCUGAAGAUCACAGAGACAUCAAAAUGGGACAAUUUUCCAGAUUUCCCACCACAUUUGCGUGACAAAUCCCAGGAGAUCAUCUCCAAUUACCUGAGAGUCUCAUCCAGUGAUCAGUCAGAUGUCACACCAGCACCACGAAGACCCGCCUCAUCUUCCAGGAAAGGCAAAGCUGUCCGGGAAGCGAGGAAGAGCAAAUCCGCCUUGACUACAAAACCACCACCGAAACCUAGAGUGAUUGAAAAGGCGCCUCUGAAGCGCUCAAAAUCCAUCCCAACACUUCGCAAUGGGGAGAAUCAGAUGCUGGAUGAGUUCCAGAUUGACAAGGUGGAAUCCUGGAUGUCGAUCCAUGAGGAUCCCUACUCCAAGAAGACCUCCUUCGUGGAGUAUAACCGCGAGUGGCGCGACACGCCCUCGUCAAAGACUGACGAUGAGGGAAACUUCAGCCUCGAGGAGCCCGGAGACAGCUUCAGCACGGAAUCCACUUAUGAUGAGAUUGUGUCCAUGAUUAAGGAGAUUGAUGCGGACAAGAGGAAACCCAGGAGAUCCUUUAAGGAUCUCAAGAGCAACGUGGAAUUCAAACUGGCCACUUGUAGUGCGACACCUUCUUCUGAAUCUGAGAAGGGUGACAAGAUUCAGGAGAUUCUCAGCUAUCUUGACUCUGUGGACUCCAGCUGUGAGAAGGCUCUGAAGAGAGCUCAGAACUUUCUCAGGGAGACAGAUACUACAGAGCUGGAGAUGAUCACAGAGCCUGACAUCGCAGAGAAUGUGCCCAAGAUCUCUGAUCUUCUGAUACUGCCCAAUCAUCAAUUGGCGCGGAGAGUCGUGGCACUCUCGUUGAGAGCCAAUGAAUUGGCCAAUGCGCUGCAGCUGUCCAAGGAGCAUGUGGCCAGUGUCAGAGCGGAGAAGGUCAAGGCGGUGCGUCUGGAGAAGCAAGCCGGAGCAGCGAAGCUGACUGAGCAGAAGAGUCACUUCGAGGGCAUCGUGGCUCGCCAUCAGACGUUCAUCGAGCAAUUGCUGAGGGAUAAGUCCACUCUCUGUGAGAAGGUGGGGAACAUGACUCGCCGAAUGGACAGUCAGAACCAGGCGUGGGAACACAAGCUGGAGACUGAGCUGUCCAGGGCGAAGGAGACAAUGUCAGCGGGCGAGAAGAUCCGCAAGGAGCGCUGGGUGAAGGAGAACACGAAGAAGAUCAAGGAACUGACGGUGAAAGGCUUGGAAGGUGAGAUCGCCAGACUCACGCAGAGCCACCAGGAGGAGCUGGCUGAAGUGCGUCGGCAGCACCAGCAGGAACUUCUGGCGGCCAUCGAAGAGACGCGCCAGAAACACGAGUUGGUAGAGAAGGCCAUCAGAGAGUCCUACGCUGAGGAUCGCGAAGCUGUGAUCGAGAAGGAGCGCACGGUGAUCCGAGAGCGCUACGAGCGCCAGCUGUCAGGUGAACAGAAGAGCUUUGAGGAGCAGAAAGCGAAGCUUUUGCUCGACUUUGCUGCAGAGAAGGAGCGCCUGCUGGUCGAGGCGAGAGAGAGGGAAUCCGAGGCGGAGCAGAGAAGGGAGAAUUUGGUGAGAGAGCGCUCGGAAAUUAUUGAUCAAGUGCGCCGCGAUCAGAAAGACAAGCAGAGAAUCCUGGAGGAGCAGCACCAGGCGGAAUUGUCAUCGGUUAGGGAUCAGUUUGAGAGGGACUUCACCAUCUGGAAGCGCGAGCACGAGAGUGCAAUGAAGCUACGCGAAGCGGAGCGUGAGAAUGCCAUUCGGCAGCAGUGCAGGCAAGACAGAGAUCGUCAGAUAGACUCAAUUGUUGCCAAGAUCGAUGCUGAAUCCCUGAAGACACAGCAGGAGCACGAGGUGAAGAUUGGACGGAUCAAGGAGAAGUAUGAAACGGAACUGAAGGAGUUGGAGAGAUCAGAGACCAGUGCUCGCGAGAAGUAUCUGGAGACAAGGCAUCGCUUGGCCGAAGCUGAGGCCAGCAUCCAGAAUCUGCAGGCCAAUCUGAAGCAGUCAGACAUCGAGCUGACUCACUGUCGGAAGAUGCGAGACGAGUGUGUGGCUGAGAAGGAGACGCUGAAGGAAUCCCUGAGAGGCGAAGUGGCGCAGGAGACAAAGACACUGCAGAAAGAGCGCGAUGCGGAGAUUCAGCGCAUCUAUGCGAGAGUGCAGCAGUCCAUUGAGAAGAAAGAUGCCACAAUUGAUGUGCUGCAGAAGGAGAACGUGGCCCUGAAGGAGCGCACCCUCAAGCUGGAGGCGAUUGUGCGACAACAGCGGAAGGACUACUGCACAAAGUAAUGUUCACGGUAAUUAUCUUGUAAUCUAUAUGGUUCAAAUAAAGUCGAUAUGCUCAA